ACGAUCCACUAACCACUGUCAUUUUCAGACAAUCAUCGUUCAACAUGGUUUCUACCUUCACUCGCUUGGCCGCUUUCCUUAGCGCCCUUUCCGUAGUUCACAACACGGUGUCGAUCCCCCUUGCCGGGUCUCCUUCGGAUUAUAGUAUCGCUUCUCGCACUGUCUCGCGCCGCGCCACCCCUGCUGCCCCUCACUUUGUUGUCUACCAAGAUGCAUGGGUCUCAGGCGAGACCGGCCCUCCCGCUACGUCUGACCUCACGGGUUAUAAUGUUUUUGCUAUGUCGUUCUUGCUGAGCAGCGGAGCCGCCGACCAGGCCACCGAGUGGGCUUCUCUUACGGCUGACCAGCGCACCACCAUCAAAACCAGUUACGCUGCGGCCGGAAUCAGCCUUGUCGUCUCCGCCUUUGGUGGUACUGAACAACCUACUACUGCCGGCACUGAUGCCACCACUGUUGCCAACACCAUGGGACAAUGGGUUUUGGACAACGACUUGGAUGGUAUUGAUGUCGAUUAUGAGGACUUGACCGCCUUCGAUGCCGGCACUGGCACCGCGGAGAACUGGCUCAUCACUUUCACCACUCAACUUCGUACUCUCCUUCCUCAAGGAUCGUACAUCGUCACCCAUGCCCCUCUUGCUCCCUGGUUCUCCCCCGGCACCAAAUGGGGCGGAGGGGGUUACCUCAAGGUCCAUCAGUCCGUCGGCGACAUCAUCGACUGGUACAACAUCCAGUUCUACAACCAGGGCGCAUCUGAGUACACUACCUGCGAUGGCCUCUUGACCGCUUCUUCGAGCACUUGGCCCGAGACCUCCGUCUUUGAGAUCAUCGCCAGCGGUGUCGACUCGGACAAAGUCGUUAUUGGCAAGCCUGCCACUGCCGCCGACGCUACCAACGGCUUCGUCGACACUGCCACCCUCGCCACCUGUGUCGCGACGGCCGCUGCUAAAGAUUGGAACGCUGGUGUCAUGGUCUGGCAAUACCCCAACGCCAACGCUGCCUGGAUCAGCGCCGUCCGCGGCACCGCCUUCGCCAUCCCCGCCGCCAGCAGCCCUACGCCCAUCUCUGCUUCUGCUGCUCCUUCCAGCACUGGCCCCGUUGACCCUCCCUUCGAAUUCCUCACUAACGCCGUGGCUGCCCUCCCUGCCGCCACUGUCGCUUAGAGGUCGCAAGAGCUCAAGGACAUGCAAUUUUCAUGAUCAUGACCUAUUUAUUCGCCUUUUCAUAACGCCACCGUCGUUUCUCUUGCGGCCUUCUUAUCCUGUUGUCUUAACAUUCCUUUUCAUGUCCUCCUAGUCGCUCGGGGACUGCUAUCUAGUAUAGCUUUCUGUCGUUUACUCAUGGUCGGUCAUGUCACACACACUACUCACGCACUCAACCAUCCAUCCAUCCA